AUGCUCGCCCACACCGCAGCAAUACGCGCCCUCUCCCUGAUCUCCGCCGCCCGUGCGCGCAUUGCGCUUCUCCGCGCGCCGAUGAACGAAUUCAUGCGCUUUGCGUACGCUGGCGCUGUCAGUGGCGGGCCGGCAGGAGGCAGGAGGCAGGAGGCAGUUGGCCGGCAGGAGGCGGUUGGCCGGCAGGAGGCGGUUGGCCGGCAGGAGGCGGUUGGCCGGCAGGAGGCGGUUGGCCGGCAGGGAUUCGCGAACGUGCAAUGGAUGCGAACGGGUGUGACUGUAAAGAGGGAAACGGACGAGGUGGUUGUGAAGGGGGAAUUAGAGGAGUUGACUGCAACGCACCAAGCAGGCGAUGCGGUUGUGAAGCAAGGUUCGGAUGGUGUGACCGUAAACAGAGUAGGAGAUGACGUGGCUGUAAAGAGUGAAGGAGGUGAGGUGACUGUAAAGAGUGAAGGAGCUGAGGUGACUGUAAAGAGAGAAGGAGGUGAGGUGACUGUAAAGAGGGAGGCAGAGGAUGUGACUGUGAAGAGUGAGGAGGUGAGCGACAUGUCAGACAGGGAAGCACGUGGAGCCGAGGCUGAUGGCAUGGUUGUAUCCGGGGCUGUAGGCAUGGCUUUGGCCGAAGCAGAAGGUUUGGCUGUCAACGAGGCUGCUGACAUGGCUUUAGUCAAGGCUGAGGGUGCUUCGGGUGGUGGCAGGGGCAGGAGGAAACGAAGGCAGCCGGUAGAAGACGACGCUUUAGAUAGCAGAGCUGGGGGGGAAAUAAUUGUCGCCGGGCAGCCGAAAAGAUUUUCCGGCGGGCAGGCAAAAAGGGCCGGGGUGGGGAGUUGGCAGGAGGUGGUAACGGCAAUCAAGGAGAUACGGAGUGGGGGGGACGCGCCUGUGGAUACUAUGGGGUGUGAGAAGGCGGGGCAGGGCAUGGCGGACAAGCCGCGGCGCUUUGCAGUGCUGGUGUCGGCCAUGCUCUCCUCGCAGACCAAGGACCUCGUCACCCACGGCGCAGUGGCAAGGCUGCACGCAGCAGGGCUGCUAUCACCUGAAGCGCUCAAAGCAGCAGAGGAAACGACCAUCAGCCAAACCAUCUACCCGGUGGGCUUUUACGUGCGCAAGGCAGGGUACCUGAAGAAAACGGCCAUUAUUUGUCUGGAGAAGCAUGAAGGAGAAAUUCCGGGCAGCCUGGAAGAUUUGCUUGCGCUGCCCGGUGUCGGGCCGAAGAUGGCGUAUUUGGUGAUGAACGUGGCGUGGGAGCGAGUGGAGGGCAUCUGUGUGGACACUCAUGUGCACCGCAUCGCACGGCGCUUGGGAUGGACGGAUGCCAAGGCUAAGACACCAGAGGACACGCGGCGGGCUCUAGAGCAGUUACUGCCAAAGGACGAGUGGAUGGGCAUCAACCCUCUCCUUGUGGGUUUCGGCCAAACCACAUGCCUGCCCAUCGGCCCCCGCUGCUCCUCCUGCCUCCUCGCCUCCCUCUCGCUCUGCCCCUCUGCCUCCCUCCCCCGCCUCCCAGCCCCUCGUCCUCGUCCUCCUCCUUCCCUCCCUCUCCUUCCAAGCACAACCGCGCCGGACAUGUCGACACCAGUUGAUGCCCCCAACUCUGCACCCACUGGCGAACCGCCAUGCCUUGACACGUCCACACCAGAAACUUCCGCACAGCAUGCCCCCAGCACUGCACCCACUGCUGAUCCACCAUGUCUUGAUCUGCCUGAAAGCUCGCUCGUCCUUGCCGUUUCUGCCCCACCCGCGGUCUCCCCCUCUGAUUCGUGGGACCGUUUCAAGCAUGGUAAGCAUGGCGAGUGUGGUGAUGCCCCGAGCACAGAGGGUGGAGGUGGUGGAAAGAAAGAAGAGGACGGAGAAGCAGUGGCAGCAGGGGCGGAAGCAGGCCCCAGGCGCAGCCUCCGCUUUUCCAGAGGCCGGAAAGCUGUGUUGUGA